AUGCCCAUCGUUGCACCACCUUUCUAUUGCGUUUGCAUUCGAAGCAGUCCUCGAGUCAAAAUGAAAUUCUUCAUCCUGCUGGCCCUGUUCGGUGCUGCCUUCGGGCAGAACCUGCGCGCUGAGGUCGAUCAGCUGCUCCCCUUCCUGAACAUGGAUGAGGUGCGCUCGAUCUACGAACGCUACGUGCAGACCGACGCUCAGGUCGGUGAGAUCUGGAGCUUCCUGCAGUCGGCCGAGACUGAUGCCGCGUGGCGUGCCCUGAUCAGCACCCCGGAACUUCAGGAAAUCAGCGCCUGGACUGAGGUCCGUGGUGUGAGCAUCCGCGACUACCUGAACGGAAUUGCCGCCAUGCUUGGCCUGACUCCGAUCACGCGCUCGGCCAACGCCAAGUCGCCGGCUUCCCGCUCCUGGACCGCCAUGAUGGAUGAGAUCCGUGCCGUCACCGAUCUGGAGGGUGCUGAGGCUCUGGCCCGUACCUUCAUCGCCAACCCGGCCAGCGAGUUCGGCCAGCUGUACUUCAUGACCCAGGCCCGUCGUGCUGGUUUCACCCGCCUCAUCGAGAACCCCGAUGUCACCCGUUUCUCCGCUCAGCUGCGCGCUUUCGGCGUCGACGUUGACCAGAUCAUCACCCGCUUCCAGAACUUCUUCGGCUGGAACUAA